AUGACUAGUGCACUAGUGACAGUAACAUGUCAACAAAGAAAAACCUUUCAAUCGAAAAUUUUGUCGGUAAUUUAAUUUUUACGUUUUUAAAUUAGAUAGUAUUCCGCACAGUCUCCACUUAUUGCUGUUAUAAUUCCACAAAAAUGUCUGCAGCAAUGCUAACCGCUGACUGGUUUCUGCUCGGUCGAGAACUUUAUUAUAGAAAAUUUGAAAUCUACUCGAUGGCAUGGCAUCAAGAAAUAAAUUUGGAAAACUAUGUAGCCGCAUCAGCUUCUUACGGAGGCCCCACAGCCCUCCGUAGGGAUGAUAAAAAAUUUGUUAAGGUUCAGGGUACCGGGCAACCGAUAAUAUCGAUCUAUUCUGGCUCGGGAAAACAAAUAGCUUCAUUUAAGUGGACGAGGAGGCCGAUUGUUCACAUGGGCUGGUCAAACGAUGAAAAGUUAAUAUGCGUUCAGGAGGACGGAAUGGUGGUUAUUCAUGAUAUGUUCGGCAAAUAUUUACACACUUUUACCAUAAGUCAGAAGGUGCAAGACGCUAAAGUUAUAGACGCUAAAAUUUUUAUCAGCCCCCAAAACUUCACCGGGAUAGCAGUGAUGACGUCUAACUUUAAAAUAUUUUUGGUACACAAUAUCCAAGAGCCGAAAACUAGGCAGUUGUCUGAAUUACCAAGGUCCACUGUCGAUCCAACUUGUUGGGCAGUCGUUUCUGAAGACAAUAAUACAGAAGUUUUAAUUACCAGAGGCCUAGAAUUAUACAGAUUAAAGCAGGAUGAACAUCAUACCAGUGCUAUGUUGGAACCUGACAUUACAAACAAAUACACGACUAUUUUAGAAAUGUCUGUUUCUUUAAAUGCGCGCCACUUGGCUCUCUAUACGGACUCUGGCCAUCUCUGGCUCGGCUCUACUGACUUAAGAACAAAGUACUGCGAAAUUGAUACGAGCAGCAUCUACAAACCCAAACAACUCAUUUGGUGUGGCAACGAAGCCGUCGUACUCUACUGGGAACGGGACUGUAGCCUCUUAGUGGUUGGUAAAUAUGGGCAGAAGAUGCUGUAUUCUUAUGACAGUUCCGUUCACCUGGUGUCGGAAAUCGACGGUGUCAGGAUAAUAUCCAACAUGCAGCACGAGUUGCUGCAGAAAGUUCCAGAGGUGGUCCAAAAGAUUUUUCGAAUCAACAGCACGGAUCCGGGCAGUUUCUUGCUCGAGGCGUCUAAACAGUUUCAAAAAGGGAGCCACAAAGCUAACGAGUACAUCUGUUUAGUGAAGAACGAUCUGCAGACUGCUGUGAGCCAGUGUAUCGAGGCCGUUGGGUAUGAAUUCGAUACGGAGGUUCAAAAAAUGUUGAUAAGGGCUGCACAGUUUGGUAAAUGCUUCAUCGCCGACAUGAGAUCAGACAGUUACGUAAAUAUGUGUCGGUGGUUGAGGGUUUUGAAUGCCGUUCGAGACCCUAAGGUUGGCAUUCCCCUGACAAUUACUCAGUUAAAUUUUAUGAAGAAGAGGGCGCAAAGCCUACUGGAUCGCUUAAUAACGAGGAACAAUUAUUACCUAGCGUUGCAAAUCGCACAAUAUCUUAAACUGCCGGACAAGGAAGGGAGCAGUCACAUUUUGGUGCACUGGGCAAAGUAUAAGGUUAGUCAGUCUCAGCUAGAAGAGGAAACCGUAGCUAGAGAAAUAGCGGAAAAGUUAGGAUACACUUCGGGUAUAUCAUACAGCGAGAUUGCUAGUACAGCUUCGGAAUACGGAAGAAAAAAAUUGGCAAUAAAGUUGUUAGAUUACGAAUCGAAGGCUAGCGAACAAGUCAAAUUACUCUUAGAGUUAGGAGAGAACACUCCCGCCCUUAUUAAAGCUAUCGAGAGCGGAGACACUGACUUAGUUUAUAUGGUUAUUUUGAAAUUGAGGGAAAAAAUGCCGCUUGGCGAUUUCAAGAUGACGAUUCGAAAUUUCCCCGUUGCCCAAUCGUUAUACAUAAAGUACUGCAAAGAGCACAACACGCAGGCUUUGAACGAGAUUUACAUCCAAGAGGACGAUUUUUCUGCGCAAGCUCAAACUUUCAUACUCGAGAGUCUGGAUGAAAAGAAAAAGCAUAUGAAAGAUUCGUUACUAACGUCUGCCAUGGAGGCUUACAAGAAAGGUAGGAAGGAUUUGUACGCCGGAAUGUGCGAUGAGACUUUGAAGCUGUUGAGGUUCCAGAGGGACAUCGAAGAGAAAUUACCGGCCGCUAAAAACAAACUCGCCGGCUUGUCGGUGCACAACACUUGCAAGUCGCUCUUGGAGAUGAACGAGACCAAGUUGGCUGAAAAAUUCAGAAACGACUACAAGAUUCCAGAUAAAAGAUAUUGGUGGUUGAAAAUAGACAGCCUGGCGCAGCAGAAGGAGUGGGUAGAGUUGGAAAAGUUUUCUAAAGUAAAAAAAUCUCCUAUCGGGUACGCGCCCUUCGUUGACGUUUGCCUUCAGAACGAUAACAAGGAAGAGGCGCUAAAGUACUUGUCGAGGGUCAGCGAGGACUUGAAAGUAAAGUACUGCAUUAAAGUCGGGUGUCUAGAAGAGGCGGCAGAAAUCGCAUUCCAACAGAGAGACAUACAGGGUCUUCUCUACGUACAGAGCAAAUGUAAUUUACAGUUCCCGCAAACGCAACUGAACGAAAAGAUUGGCAACAUGAUUACCCAGUUAGAAUCCAAGAAAUAAUUUAAGAAUAAACGUAGGAUUGUUAUUUAUUUAUCACAUGUAUAAUUUUUAAAAUAUAUUUAAUAAUAAAUUAGCAGGAAGCGUAAGUGUAAACGAGUA